AUGAACGCAUCUGCCAAGGCUGCUCUGAAUCGCACUGCUACACCCACACCGCCUCCCAACCUUCUUCGAAAAAACCGGAAUACCAAAGCGGAUCUUCGUGCGCUUUUGCAACAAAAAAAGCAAGCGGACGAGGACAAGCCCAAAAAGACUGGCGGGCUAGCCGACUUUUUGAGUCAACUCUAG